AUGGCAAGCGCCAGCGAUAAAUUCGUUUACUACAAAACCCUGUCGCACGAUGAUUGUACUGUGGGCUGGAUUUGCGCGCUCCCCGUGGUGCUGACAGCGGCAAAGGGAAUGUUGGAUAAGAGACACGAGUCCUUGCCACAACCCACAAAUGAUAAUAACAACUAUGUUCUUGGCGAAGUGGCCGGCCACAACGUCGUCAUUGCAUGUCUCCCCAUCGGUGAAUACGGAACGACAUCUGCCGCCACGGUCGCAGCGCAAAUGCUUUUGACCUUCUCCCAAAUUCGCUGCGGUUUAAUGGUGGGGAUUGGCGGAGGAGUGCCAACUACCGUGGAUAUUCGAUUGGGAGAUGUUGUCGUGAGCAACCCGACCGAUGGGUAUGGAGGGGUCAUUCAUAUGACUACGGGAAGGAUUGUCUGUUUUGAAAUGGAUGCAGCGGGUCUUAUGAAUAUUUCCCCUUGUUUGGUCAUUCGAGGAAUCUGCGACUAUUCGGACUCUCAUAAGAACAAGAAGUGGCAACCAUACGCCGCAGCGACGGCGGCUGCUGUUACGGCCACAAAAGCCCUAACAGGCCCCGGGACACUCACGGUUGACGACCCUGCACGAUUCUUGGCUCUAUCGCAGCGGCCAGAAUGGGCCCUUGUUCAUCAAGUGGAACAACCGAAAAAUAUCUUCCAGCGACUUUCCGAUUACGACCCUGAUCGAAUCCAUCGCAGUCAUCUCUGGAACAGAUGUCCAAACACUACUGAGUGGAGUGUAGAGAACCCAGCGUAUAAAGCAUGGCUGGACGGUAGUGCCUCUCCGUUUUUGUGGUUAACUGGCAAAAUUGGAUGUGGCAAAACACUUGUUUCGAGCACUGGCAUUCAACAUCUUAAGGCCAUUACUCAGGGCUCCCGAUGCAUUGUAGCUCACUUUUUCUACAGCCACUCGAACCGAUCAAAAUUAGAGGCAAGGCAUGUAUUCGAAAGUUAUAUCAAACAGAUUGUGGGACAUCUUGACUCGUUUCAGAUUGCUUGCCCUGGUCCAAUUCGGUCUUUCAUCAAGAGGUUCUAUGAAAAUGAUCAACAGAUCCCCACUUUUAGUGAGAUCGUACAUGAGAUCCUUGUCCCACUCUGUCACUCUCGGCCGGGGAUUAUAUUUAUCAUGGAUGGACUUGAUGAGUGCUAUCUAUUGCAAAUUCUCGAAGUCUUUGAGGCUCUACGAGAAAUCUCUAGGCAGCGCUCCGUGAAAGUCUUCCUUUCCGGUCGAGAAGGACUUGAUUUGCCUAGAGCUAUCCCUAGUUGCGCCACAAUAAACAUAGCUGAUGAUGGCAGCAAUGACGAUCUUCGAGCUUUUGUCGAAUGGAAAAUUCAAACCAAGCUGAAGGAAAGACAACUGACAGAAAAUGAGUCAGUACUUCAAGAAAUCAGGGAAAGGCUUCUUGAAAAGGCCGGCCAUAUGAUAUUGUGGGUCAAUUUGCAGCUAGAAAUGCUGUGGGAUGAGUGCUACACAGAUGGUGGGAUCAGGCAAACUCUCAAUAAUUUGCCUAAGGAUCUCAGCACAACGUACGACCGUUGUCUUGCUAGGAUCAGCGGAAAGAAGCCAUUUACUGGUAGCCAGCUUCAAGAUGCGGUUGCAUUGAAUUUACGCACAGGUCUUCUUGAUCUUGAUGGUUUCGUGCCCGUCAAAGAGCUAGUCAAAUAUUGCGCGCAUCUGAUCACAUGGAAGGUGAAUGAUGAGAUCCAUCUCUCCCACUACUCGAUUUCUCGGUUUUUGGAAAGUAAAGGUGGAGGGCAUGAUUCCUGGUUUGCGGACAUUGAUCUUGAUGAUGAACGGGCAGCACUGGGUGACCUUUGCAUGAAACAUCUCCUUUCGCCGAUAUAUUCUCGAGCGGUGGUGCCCAUUGAAAAGCCCAAACAAGCCGCGCUUGUGUUAGACCAAAACUCGACUUGGAACAUUCAUCCUUGGGAGCCUUCGGGUAUGUCCAUGGACUCACAUUAUGCCGGUAUUUUAGGUUACUCUAUUGUGGAACACCACAACCCGCUCCUAGCUGUCUUGAUGCGAGCGAGGGGUCUUCAACCACGCACUGAUAUUUUCCGGUUGCCACUCCACCCAUACAACAACUUGCUGCCGCUCCAUCUUGCUGCUACAGCUGGCAAUGGCGAUUGUUUGGUGCAAAUAAUGGGCCAAAGCACUUUUAACAUGCUCGAUGUGAGCGGCCAAACAGCUUUACACCACGCUGCUGUCAUGGGUCAUCUAGAUGUUACUCAAAUUUUACUUAGCAAAUCCAUGUUGGAAAUCAACCAAGCAGACAAUGACGGGCGUACGGCAUUGCACCUGGCAGCAUCACACGGACAAGAACAUUUACUUGACACACUGUUUUUGUAUAAUGCGAAUAUCAAUCAACAAGAUGAUUUAGGCCAGACAGCACUUCACCUGGCUGUGACGAACAAGAAGAGAAACCUUGCGAAAGCGCUGCUUGCACGACAGCCAGACAUUUCAAUUACCAAUAAAGCUGCUCGAUCACCACUCUCAAUCGCUGCGCAUGGCUCAGAUGAAGCUAUGGUUCGGUUGAUUCUUCAAGCUGAAUACCACUCUGGGAAGUUCCCGCAUCCGGAUGAUUCUUUCAUCAGUGUCGGAUCGAGACUUAUGAUGCUCCUUGGAAACCCAAUCGUCCCGUCUCCAGGGAACAAAUCCGUCUCUGGGCAGCUUGAUAACGAUAGAUACCCUUUGAAGGACGACCUUAUGUUCGCGAUAGCAGAUACCAUCCAACCACAAGAUCUUGGGCUGAAAGCAUGUGGAUUAUAUAUAAGGGUCAUGCUCGAAGCUGGGGUAAAAUAA